CCCCUCCGGCCCCAGCCCCGAGCUCCUCUGCAGCCUGAACGUCUUCCCUUGGUCGGAGCAUCACUCUCUGCUCCCCUCGCCUCGGGGGUCUCCGUUGCCGCAGCGUGCCUGCCCCUCCCCUGGAAAUCUUUCCACGAUGCCGGUUACUCGCUCCAAAUCCGUGGGCAACACCAGUGCCCUGACUUCUCAGCUGGGCAUCGUCCGCCUGUUGGAAGUCCUUUUCACGUGCGUUGCUUUCAGCCUGGUGGUCCACCGGCGUGCCUGGAGUGGGCAUGACGGCGACUGGUGCCUGUUCUCAUGGUGCAUUUGCUUCGCCAUCACUAUCGUCGUCUUGAUAGUGGAGUUUGCCGGCCUUCAGCACCGCAUCCCCGUCUCCUGGAAGAACUUCCCCAUCACUUUUGCCAUGUACGCCACCUUGAUGUGUCUCUCUGCUUCCAUUAUCUACCCAGUAUCCCAUAUCAAGAACCAACCCUACCUUAGCAGAGAAGAGCGUGGAUACCGCAUUUCUGCCACUGUGUUUUCUUGCCUUGCCUGCUUGGCUUACUCCACUGAGGUCACCAUCACCAAAGCCAAACCAGGAGAAGUCACUGGCUACAUGGCCACAGUCCCUGGGCUGCUCAAAGUGGUGGAGACCUUUGUUGCCUGCAUCAUCUUUGUCUUCAUCAGCGAUCCCGUUUCUUACAACAGCCAGGAAGCUCUCCAGUGGUGCAUGGCCGUCUACUGCAUCUGUUUCAUCCUCUCACUGGUGGUCAUCAUCCUUUGCAUCGGCGAAUGCACCGGCUGGCUGCCGUGUCCAUUCAACAAGUUCCUCAGUGGCUACACUCUUUUGGCAGUGCUCAUGUACGCAACAGCCACAAUCAUCUGGCCCAUCUAUAAGUUUGACAGAAAACACAGUGGAACUCCAUCUCGACCCAGCUACUGUCAAAACCAAUUCUGCCCGUGGGACAAGUUGGUGGCCAUUGCCGUGCUGACAGCUUUCAAUCUGCUGGUGUACCUUGCUGACCUGGUGUAUUCCGCCCGGCUCAUAUUCAUCCAAGGGUAGACGGUUGUUGUCAAGAGAGAGGAAAGAAGGAAGUAGGCAACAGAAGGGGAAGGAAAUAGAUACCGUAUUUCAAAUUGCCUUUCCCUCUUCCCUUUCCAUUGUCCUUUUUCUUUCUUUUUUGCUUUUGUCCUUUCACCUCUUCUUCCCUCCUUUCAUUUCCACUCUCUUCUCUCCCUCUCUUUCUCUCUCUCAAACAUUCCUUUUUGCCAGGCUUCCCAAUAACCCUCAACGCCAUCUCUUCCUUUCUCGUUCCACCUCGCACGCUUCAUGUACUGCAUGCCUGUUCUCUGCGCCCCCGUUCCGUGCCCAUUGCACGAGCGCUCUUUCCUUCUGCGCAUUGCUCGGGGGUCUUUCCUAUUUGAGUUGUGCGCUUGUUCUUUGCUCUCCCUGUACAUUUGCAAGGUGUAGCUACAUGAGAGCUCCCAAGAUUCCAGGGCACGAGGGUGGCACUAUUUAAAUGGGUGGUAAUUGGAGGUCCAUGUACCAGUAGGGAGAGAAGUAUGUAGGGGGUGCUAUCCUUGAAUGAAAUAGAAUGCUGCCAUCCGCCAUUUGUUACAAGCCAGGACAUUCUCAUCUGACAUACACCUCCCUGAAUUCUUCUUGAAUAUCUGUUGCCUAGUUCACAGACCUCUCUUUCUCUACCAUUGCAUGUACACUCCUUCCAUAUCCCAUGUUCUUCAUCACCUUCUGGUCCUCAUGUCCCAGUCACCACUGUCUUACAGUUGUUAGUUGCUUCAGGGCUGGAGAGUCGAAGUGGGAAGAAAUCAAGCUUAUUCAUAUGUAUCUUUCCAGCGGACAGGUAACCCUGCCGGAGCUCUGCUCUGUUCGCAGGAAGGAAGAGUCCCCUUUAAAGAACAUAUUAGUCUGGCAGUUAAAAAUAAAACCAAAAAUCCAGCUCCCUUGUCAAGAACCUUAAAGUCAAUGGGAUUAUUUUCUCACUUUCUAAAAGAACACUGUACUUUCUGGGGCUUUCCUAAAUGCACUUCUUAGUCAUCAAUUAAUUUCCUAGAUGCAGCUCCCAUUGAAAUGAAUGGGGGCUGCAUAGGAGCAGUGCUACAUUGGGUAGUUUAAUUUGGUACUUCAGUGAAGAGUUUAUUCUGUUUUAAGAAGACGCCAUUCAAAAUACUGUAUGGAAAGUAAAAAAUAAUAAUCAUGCCUUCUUGCUGAAAGAACCGCCCAGAGAGCUUCAGUUAUUGGGCGGUAUAAAAAUGUAAUAAAAUAAACAAAUAAAUAAAUAAAUAAAGAUUAAAGGUAAUGUGUUUACUUCUGGCUAACAGCUUUUUGUGAGAGAAAGCUAUGCAAUUCCCAAAACGAUUUACGUGGGAGCUGCUGAUUCUGGCAGCGCCAGAGGUAGCUUCCAAUUGGGUUUAGGAAAAUAAACAGUAUUUUCUUGGAGGUUAAAAACAAAAUGAUUAAACUUAGCGGCUUUAAAUGGUACACCAUUGCCAUGCCAAAAAACAGUAUCUGCAUUGGAGCAGCACUUUAAUUAUUACCCUAAGGAUUAAAAAAUCCUUGCCUGCAAUGUUCUAAAAGGCAGUGCCUUAUACAAAAGGCAGCUUCAUUCAUAAAAAAAGUACCUUGCCUUUUAAAAUUUGGCACUUAAAAAAAAAAAAAAGCCUGCCGUUGAGCGUCUUUAAGACAGCUGCUUUAGUUUUUCUUGCUGAAAAAAAUAACAUCACGAAACUAUUCCGUGAAGUGUUAAAUGUGUAACUUUGCCCUUUUUUUGGUUGCUGAUCCAGUAUUUAAAUACAAAAAUAUUCCAGGGGAGAUGACUUAGACAACAUUACUUCCCCACUUGAUGGUGUUAAUGAUGGCAACGUUCUCUUCCCAUCAGUUCAGUGCUAGAACUUUGUUUUAUGUAUUUUUUAAAAAAAUGAAUUUAUCAUACUGUUCUUUUCAUUUGCCUUUUUAUACUUCUAAACAUGAUGUAACAUAGACAGAAAUAGAGGCUUUCUCCCCUGCUUCAGUUAUCCUUAAGUCAAUUUUACCUUAACUGCAAUGCUGUUUGUGAGUGUAUUUUUUAAAUAAAGAUACGUGUAUAAAAUAAAGGAGCAAUGAUACAAUAAA